GCAGAUGGAAGGCAGUAUGUUGGAGGCUCUGCAGGCAGGAGGUGUUUGAAGAACCAUGUCAGCUCCUCCAAUGAUGUAAAGAAGGAUCCCUUUCGCUUUUAUUCGAUUUAUUUUUUUGCCUCCUAAACACUUGUGAACAUGCACGCUGUAACUUAUUACCGCGGGGAGCUUUUUUUCACCAGCAAAGCUUUGGACUUAAGUGUGGAUUUGCUCCAGGUUUUCCUCGCUGCCCGACACAACUCAUGAAAGCCUCCUCAGAGCGACGGGUUUAUGGACUCGCGUAUUAGCUAAUGAUGUCUAUGGGUUUCAUGCCUGACAGUCUGAAUGCCUCAGAUCCCUCCAAAUCGGCCUUCCUAGAGUUUGGCCACGGACAUCCGGCGCACCAGCAGCACUCCCCCGGACUCUCCCACAUUUACCCCGUCCAUGGCUUGCACGCUGCUGGGCAUUCCCAGCAUGAAAGUCCUUUUCCUGGCAGCGCUUCCUACGGCCGCUCUUUGGGCUACGCCUACCCCGGCGCGGUGAACGCUCAUCCCCCGUCUGCAUACAUGCCCUACCAGCACAGCAAUCACAGCAACAGCAGCAGCCUGGCUCACAGCAGAUUAGAGCACACAGAUCGCGAGAAAUCCACGCAGAUUGAGAGCAGGGACAUCCGUCUAAAUGGCAAAGGGAAGAAAAUCCGAAAACCUCGGACCAUCUACUCCAGUCUGCAGCUGCAGGCUCUGCACCAGCGCUUCCAGCAGACCCAGUACCUGGCCUUACCGGAGCGCGCCGACCUGGCGGCCAAACUGGGACUCACCCAGACUCAGGUGAAAAUAUGGUUUCAGAAUAAACGCUCCAAGUAUAAAAAGAUCAUGAAGCAUGGCAGCGGAUCAGAGGGAGAACAUCUCCACAGCACUAGCUCCAUCUCCCCGUGCUCGCCCGGCUUGCCCCAACUUUGGGAGGUUUCCAUGGCGAACAAAGGAGCCCAAAUGCACCCAAACAAUUACAUGAACAGUUUUGGUCACUGGUAUCCAAACCACCAUCCUCAUCAGGACGCGGUGCCCAGGCCUCAGAUGAUGUGAGUGGACUGUUUUUUUGGGCGCUCGGCCUUUCUGAAGCGCACUUCACACUGAACUUGCUCCCGAGGCCUCCUCUCAGAACUGAAAUAUGUGUUUAAUAGAUCGUGUUCAGAUUCUUUGUAUUUUGUGUGCGUUUUCAAUUUUCACAGCAAAUUUCAACCAGGCAUCAAAAAUAUUUUUUUUUUAGAUUUCUCAUAAUGUCACUGCAACUUCUGGCGCACGGCCUCAACUCACUGAAACGUGUGAUUCAGUGUGUGCAGUUUGACGAGAGACUCUGGAUUAAAGGCAUUUAACAACAUAUUUUGUCUGUUAGAGUUUCAGCUGCAUGGUCCAACACAUUCUGAGCAUUUUGCAAAUAAAUAGCUGUUGGAUUUACAUUA